UUAUGUGGGAUUUCCUCCUUUGUCUUCAGCUCCUUCAUAGGAUUACACAUAAUGCAUGAUAGUCAUUCAUUUGUGUAGAAAUCUCAAAGAAGUUGGAUAGGCAGAAGAGAGGAUCUCUUCAUUGUUCAGGAUCAAAAUGUAUAGGCCAGCACGGAUGCCAUCAACCUCAAGAUUCCUGAAUCCAUAUGUGGUGUGUUUUACUGUUGUGGUGGGGGUGGUAAUCUUGGCGGUAAUCACAGCUCUACUCAUCUACUUUUUAGCUUUUGAUCAAAAGUCAUACUUUUACCAUAGCAGCUUUCAAAUCCUAAAUGUCCAAUAUAGUAAUCAGUUAAACUCACCAGGUACACAGGAAUAUAGGACUUUGAGUGGAAGAAUUGAAUCUAUGAUCACUAAAACGUUCAAAGAAUCAAAUUUAAGAAAUCAGUUCAUCAGAGCUCAUGUUGUCAAACUGAGGCAAGAAGGUAAUGGUGUGACAGUAGAUGUUGUCAUGAAAUUUAAAUUCACUAGAAAUAACAAUGGAGCACCAAUGAGAAGCAGAAUUGAGUCUGUUUUACACCAAAUGCUGAAUAACUCUGGAAACUUGGAAAUAGACCUUUCAACUGAGAUAACAUCAAUUACUGACCAGGACACAGUACAUAUUUUCACUGAAGGCUGUGGGGCCCAUCCAGACCUAAUAACUUUGUCUGAGGAGAGGAUCCUUGGAGGCACUAAGGCUGAAGAAGGGGACUGGCCGUGGCAAGUCAGUCUACAGACGGGUAAUGUUCACCACUGUGGAGGCAUCCUGAUCAGUAGCAUGUGGAUCCUGACAGCAGCUCACUGCUUCAGAAGGCAAUCUAAUCCUCGUCAAUGGACUGCCAACUUUGGUGUUUCAAUAACAUUUCCUAAACAGAGAAGAAGAAUACGGACUAUUUUAAUCCAUAACAAUUAUAACCCUGCAACUCAUGAAAAUGAUAUUGCAGCUAUACAACUUGAUGGAGGCAUAAACUUUACCAAAAAUAUCCAUAGGGUGUGUCUCCCAGAGGCUACCCAGAAUAUUCCACCUGGUUCUUCUGCUUACGUAACAGGAUGGGGAUCUCAAGAAUUUGGUGGUAACACAGUUUCAGAUCUACAGCAAGCACGGGUCAGAAUAAUAAGUAAUGAUGUAUGUAAUGCACCAACUAGUUAUAAUGGAGCUGUAUUGCCUGGAAUGCUAUGUGCUGGUCUACCUCAAGGUGGAGUGGAUGCAUGCCGGGGUGACUCUGGUGGCCCACUAGUUCAACAGGACUCACGGCGGCUUUGGUUCCUCGUGGGCAUAGUAAGCUGGGGAGAUCAAUGUGGUCUGCCAGAUAAGCCAGGAGUGUACACUCGAGUGACAGCCUACCGUGACUGGAUAACCAAAAAAACUGGUGUCUAGCACAUUAAAUGCAUCUCUGUGGCAAAGUCUGUAUGCAGGUGUAUGUCUAAAAUUCCAAACCUUUCUUUUUCAGGUGCAAGAGAGACUAAAAGUGCCCUAUUUUAAUUUCCUGUUACAUGAAUAUGGUUUCAUAAACACUACCUGUUCUUUAUUACUACAGAUUCUAUGUUUUCUCGAGAAAGCUAUAUGAAUAUUGCAUAGUAUUUUGGCUGUGGGCCAGGGGAAACAUGUAAGCUAGUUACAGAGGUAACAAUCUUAUUACAGUUGUGAUAAGAGCUAGUAAUGAGAAAACCAGUUACCCUGAGAGUAGACUUCAGAGGAAUCUGGACAAGUCUGCAGUGUCAGAGGAGUCUUCUCUGAAAAGUCUCACUGAAACUGGGCAAAGUAUAGAAACUCACAAAAGAAGAAGUGGCAGAAUAACAUUCAAGACAGAAAGAAUAGCAUGAGGCAAGAAAAAUAGUAUUUAUUUGAAAUUUCUGGUCAUGCAAUAUUCUAUAGGUGGUAUUAGUCCUAGAAUUAAAUAUGUGAAGUCACUGUACAAUCCUACAGCAAUCUUAAUUAUCCUAUAAAAACACACUCGCAUAGGAACUAAUGAAUUUCAGGCAUUUAAGAUCAAAGCUGUCACUCCUCAACUGAGACCCAAUGAAUUAUAAUUUUAUGAUGACUUUUAUUAAAAAUAUCCUUCAUCUAUAUGAAAGAGAGAAUUUAUUUCCUCUAUAAACUGAUGAAAUACACCAACACAACCUUCUCAGCUAUCUUACAAUUGCACAGUGCUUUUGAACAACUAUAUAGGAGUAAUCUUAAGAACUAAAGAUCACCCAGUGGCAGUUAUUUUUGAGAAUUUAAGGAUCCUCAAUAGCUAAAUCCAAGUAAUGAAUUUCGUCAUAUGUGAAGAGUUGUUUUGCAAAGAGAAAGGUUAAAUAGUUUAAUUUUAAUAGAAUUACCUUAGAAAAGAAACUUUUCCCUCUCUUCCUCUUUCUUUCUCCCUUUCUCUUCCCUACAUAAACAUUAUCCAAGAACAUAAAUAAAAUCCAUUAAAAUUCAAUGGCACAGCAAUUUAUGUCAUCUGAAUCAUGAAUGUAACUGAAUUUUUAUGGGAUCCUAGCAUUAACUGAAGCUUGGUUAUGCAUGACCAUCUAUGUGUCAGGGCUUCUCUCUUCUAAAAGCUAACACAACACCUGGGUAUCAGAACAACAACAUGCGUUGUGAUGCAAACUUCUUGUAUUUCCUCCUGUAAAUUGUGAAGAGACCUACAGUGAAGUCAUUUACUUUUAAGGAAAAGAAGUUGAAAAUUUAACCAACUUGAUGAAAUGUACAAAUUGUUGGCACACUUUAUUUCAAACAAACUUUAUUAAAACUAUUUCCCUACCUAAGUAUUUAGGGAAGUUAUGAUUAUGAAGGAUGAUCCAAUUUAUUUAAUUGGUUCUCCAACAAGAGAAUUGCUAAGUAGACUCUAAAGGCUUGGUACUUUCUGCUUCCUUAUAAUCAAGAUCUGUAACUGAGGCAAGCAUCCAGCUUGACACUCCCUGGCUUUACCUUGUGAGGACAACAUUAAACUGGUAAUUUAGAGUAAGCCUCAAGGGGGGUGUGUUUAGUGUAUAGGGGGGUGUGUGUGUGUACAUGCCCUCACAUAAUCAUAUUUUUGUUUAUUCCUAUAUGUUGAAAGCUAUAUAAAGUAUUUAUUUAGCAGAAAAUAGAACAAAUUCAAUUUAUUGAAAAUAAAAUAUUUUUAACAAAUAUGUUUAUUUUUAUGAAGAGAUAUUUGAAUACCUGAACACCUAUUUAAGAGCUUCUUUUUUAUUUUCUUAUUUUUAAUGUACUGAUGCGUUCCAUUUCCCGAGAGCUAAAUAACUCAGUGAAAGUAAUUUUGUACAUUUGUGGGAAGAGCAGUGAUUCAUAAAUCCUUUCAGUUCUUAAAAAAAAUCAUUCUGGAAACUCUGACAAAAACUUUCUAGCACCCUAAUUCAGUGCCAGAAAAAAUUAUUAAUACCAGGGGAAACCUUGUUCAGCAUAUAGAAAACACAGACUAACCAGUAAAAAAAACAAGGCUAACAAAGUGAAUAUUUGAUGUUCAAACUGAAUCCUCCUGGGUUUAAAAUAGUGAGCAGAACAACUGAAAAGAGAAUUAUCCAAGAAAGUUUAAAGCAAACAAGUGGCUGUUUAUUGCACUACUUGGAAGCCUUAAUUGCAAAGUGUAGAUCAUUCAUUUAACAAAUUUAUUGAGCCUUGUUAUUCUAGGCUCUCUACUAAACACUAAUAAAAUUAAGAUAAAUAAGACAUAGUACCUACACAUAAGACACCCAGAGAAUGAUGGUGUUGAUAAGCAUACAAUAUAACUUGAUGGAUGCAAUGAUAAAGAGUAGGAUAUUUAUUACAGGAUAACAAAAGAAGGGUGAAGGUCCUAGAAGAUUCAGGGGAAAUAUUUUUUAAUAUCAAAAGUGAGUCUUCCAGGGGCCCCUGGGUGGCUCAGUUGUUAAGCGUCUGCCUUGAGCUCAGGUCCUGAUGCCGAGCUCCGCAUCAGGCUCCCUGCUCAGCGGGAAGCCUGCUUCUCCCUCCCCCACUCCCAUGCUGUGUUCCCUCUCUCGAUGUGUCUCUCUCUCUGUCAAAUAAAUAAAUAAAAUCUUACCAAAAAAAGUGAGUCUAGGGGCGCCUGGGUGGCUCAGUCGUUAGGCGUCUGCCUUCCGCCCGGGUCUUGAUCCCAGGGUCCUGGGAUCGAGUCCCACUGGGAUCGGGCUCCCUACUUGGCGGGAAGCCUGCUUCUCCCUCUCCCACUCCCCCUGCUUGUGUUCCCUCUCUCGCUGUCUCUGUCAAAUAAAUAAAAUCUUAAAAAAAAAAAAAGGUGAGUCUUCCAGAGCAUUGAUUUGCCAUGAAUAAUAAUUACUCUCCUGUUAUAUGAGAAUGGAACAAAGAACUUCUAUUUAUCUAAAUCUGUCACAGGCUCUAAUUUACACAAUUCAAUUCCUAUUUUCCAGUUUGCUAAACAUUAAAUAGGUCAAAC